AUGGAGCCAUUGAGCGCUUUGCGAUGCUUCGUCUGCCAAUGCGUCGGAGAGGACACAUGGAAGUUCAGUUCCAAGGGACUUGAUGAGAAGGACAGCUUGAAGAUCAUCGAACCCUUCGAGGACAGUUCGAUCCGGGUUGGCGCCGACGGAUGGUAUUUGGCCGGCUUCAAAGGCCGUUUUCCCGAGGUUCCAUGCGGGUGGGAAAAACACCCUCCUGCACUCUCCUGUGCUGUCGAACAUAUUGCGACGACAAACACCUCGCUGGCAAGGUACUUGUACAAUGAUGUGAAAGUCUGCAUACAGUGCCUGCGCCCCUGCGCAUACACACAGAAGUCAUGUCAGGGCUGUGGGGCACAGCUCGAAUCGGUUCCAGUGACGCAGACGGAGAACGUCCUCAUGGGCUUUGUCUUCGGCAUUGAGCGCACUACGAAGUUCCCGUUGACGAUCUCACUCCGCCGACAGACGCCGGAUGUCAUUGUCUACGAUGACUUGCUUUCCAUGUCCUCUUGCCAUCUGAAUGCCUUGCCGACAAGCCACUACGUCCGGGACUGGCGAUGGCUCCUUCGAGAUCCGCCGCGAGCACGACAGUUGGUGGCCAACCUCAUGACGGAGGCAUGGGAAGCGACGAUGGCGUUUCUUCAGGAUGCAGAGUGGCGCAGCUUCAACUACCGUGAAGGCGUGUCCGAGGACGUGGUGCGUGAAAAUAUCAUCUGCGGCUUCAACAGCCCACCUUCGCAAAAUCAACUCCACCUUCAGUGGAUUGUUUUGCCGCUGCUGCCUUUUCACCAUCAGAAGCUGCUGGAUCGGACCCAUGCGCAAAAGGGCAGGUGGUUCCCAUUGGAAUAUGUGCUUCCGUUGCUGAAGCACCUGGACGAGGCCGGCGAAAUUUUCGACGUGAAGCCCGAGACAUCAACCGAGGAAAUCAUCACCCACUUCAACAGAAAGGGGAUCGUUUACGAGGAGAUCUGGGAAACAUGCUAUGCCAAGUACUGUGCGAGUGCCGACCUCCUGGCGAAUUGGAACCCAAAGGACUUCACCUACGUCGUCAAGAAGUCAGAGGUGCAUUCCAUUGCAAGCGUCUAUGGAGACCUGGUGGAACUGGGCAAACGAGUGGAGACAAGCCCGGCAGCCGUUCAGGCUGAGGACAAGAUGAAGAUGCAAAACUACGGGCGGAAGUACACGGAGAAUGGACAACCAGGUGGCACGUACUACAAGCACCACAAGGAGCCUAAGCUUGGUCCUGGCGGCAUCGAAGUUUGGCCGGGGCUUUGA